AUGACACAAUCCACCUCAACCUUUGACAAAGUCUUUGCCGAGACACUCUGCGACAUUCAGGUCCCAAAGCACAUCAGGUUCUCUCCCAACGGCCAAAAGCUCGUCUACUCAACCAGUCUUGUCGGCGGUCAUCGCAAGGGCAAAAAUCACACUUCAACACUAUGGCUUGCAUCAACCAACGAACCCAACUCAUGCCGAAAGCUGACAUCGGGGUCCUUCAACGAUACAAGUCCAGCUUGGCAUCCCAGUGGUGACAGUAUCGUAUUUCUGUCUGAUCGUGCCAAGCCCGGCGAAAGCUCAGCAAUCUGGCGUAUGCGAUUGGACGGUGGUGAUCCUAUUCCUCUUACCACAGAGGAUAAUGAGCAGGAUAUUGAUUCAUUUUCUAUUUCACCAUAUGGAAAGACAAUUGCCUAUGUUUCAUGUGACGAAAAUAAAAAAGACGAUGAUGAAGAAGAGGAGCCCGAAGUUUGGGGAGAAAAAUGGGAUCAUGCUCGUCUAAGACUUGUCGACGUGGAAACCCAUGAUAUCAAGGUCAUUGUGGGAGGUGACAGGCACAUUGGUGAAAUUGCUUGGAGCCCAGAUGGCAAAGCCUUGGUUUUUAUGAGUACUGAGAAUCCUCAUAUGGAAGAGGCUAUGUUGACUGGUACUUCUAUAUCCACUGUCACCAUCGAAACUGGCCAAGUUCAACAUCUAUGCAAGCUUAUGAAUGAGCCGUACGACUUGAAAUGGGCGCCUGAUUACCACGUCUACUUCAUCACAGGUUCGCCGCCCGAUAAAGACUCUGGGGGGAGAUCUAUAUACAGUAUUGAUCCGGGGGCUUCUUUUCCCAAUUUUAUUAAAGUGGGAUGCGGCAACGAUGAUGAUGCUGGAGAUAUUCGCAUAGCGGGCGGUAAAAUAAUUAUCAAUCGACAAGUCAGACUCGUCGACGUUAUUAGCGAACUAGGUGGAGAAGAUCUUUUUGCAGAGGGCAAGGAGGUGUGGGUGUGGGAUGUCUCAAUCAGCCCAGAAACAGGUACUGUGACACUCGCAGCCAGUCUCUCAGACAUCAAUACACCCUACGAAGUCUUCAUCGUUCAACGAGGUAAGGACAACAUUAAGCUCUCCAACCACGGAAACCUCCUCAAAGAUCAGUCGAUUGGAUCUUGCACUAGUUUCACCUGCCAGUCAUCAGACGGGCAAGUUGAACUAGAUGGUCUAUACCUUACCCCAGCAUCAAAGUCAAAUCCUGAUGGCGCGCCAAAAAAACCACUUCCAACACUCGUUUUGAUUCACGGUGGACCAAGAGAUCGUAACUGCAACAGUUUCGACACAUCCUGCUUUAACUGGGCUCCUUACCUUCUCACGAAAGGCUACGGUGUUCUUCUCCCACAAUAUCGGGGAUCUUCGGGAAGAGGCGAGGCAUUCGCUUCGUACAGCAUUGGUGGACAGGGUGUAUAUGACUAUGCCGAUGUAGUAACCAUAACGGAUAACGCCAUAAAAAAAGGUUUCGCAGAUCCGAAAAGGCUGAUGGUUGGAGGUUGGAGUCAGGGUGGUUUGUUGACAUACUUAUGUAGUGUCCGAAACGGCCUCCACGAUCUAGGCUGGCGCUUCAACGCCGCAAUUGCAGGAGCAGGAGUAUGUGACACAGAAAGCCUCGCCUUAACAGCUGAUCUUGGUUCAACAUUCGAAGUCGAGCUCGCAGGAGGUCAUACUAUCUGGACUCUCGGUCAUGAUGACACACGGAACCGCCAAGGUAGCGCUAUAUGGGAGGUUUCCAGCGUAAUGAAGUGUUCUCGUCGAGAGAGAAAGACAAUAAUUCCGCCGAUGCUUAUUUUGCAUGGGGAAAAGGAUGAGAGAUGUCCCUUUUCUCAAGCUGAAGGGUUCAGAAGGGCGUUGAGAUGUUAUGGUUUGCCAUGUGAGUUUGUCAAGUACCCGGGUGAGGGACAUGGGAUUGAAGCACAGAGAUUUUGGUUGGAUAUACUUGAGAGGGUUGAGAGGUUUUGUGAUUUGUACAUCGGAGAGGGACUCAAGACUCAAGUGGUUAUUCGAUGA